AUGAUAAAAGGCAAUGGAAUAGAAUUUUAUAAAAAUGAAAUUAACUUCAGGCAAGUAAUCGAAAAGCAAAGAUUGCAGCAAUCUGAUGAGGCAUUGUUUGUCUGCGAUAUAAAUGAUCUUCGUCAGAAAUAUGAAAUUUGGAAUCAGCUGAUGCCGGGCAUCAAACCACACUAUGCUGUCAAAUGCAAUGAUGAUCCCAUGGUCAUCAAAACCUUUGCACAGUUGGGCGCCAACUUUGAUUGUGCCUCAAAGGGUGAAAUUAAAUUGGUACUUGCUGAAAAUGUUGAACCGCAAUGUAUUAUAUUUGCCAUGCCCUGUAAACCUUUGACACAUUUGGCAUAUGCCAAAGAGAAUGGUGUUAUGACGAGUACCGUAGAUUCGGAAUUUGAAAUUUUGAAAAUACAUCAACAUUUCCCGGAGUCCAAAUUGAUAUUGCGGAUACGUUGUGAUGCCACCGAUGUAAAAUUGUCGUUUGGGGAAAAAUUUGGAUGCAAUGCCAAGACCGAGGCACCGGCCAUUAUGCUAUUGGCCAAGAAAUCCAGAUCCAAGGUAAUUGGUAUUAGUUUCCAUGUGGGUACCGGUUGCAAUGAACUGCCAGCCUAUGAUCGAGCCAUAACUGAGGCAAGACAUCUCUUCGAUUUUGGCAAAACACUGGGUUUUAAUAUGAACAUCUUGGAUAUUGGUGGUGGAUUUCCGGGCAGUGAUUUUCAGAAGUUUAAAGAGAUGUCGAAAAUAAUACGCUGCUCAGUAGAGCGUAAUUUUCCCGAGGGUAACAUACGCGUUAUUGCUGAACCGGGUAGAUAUUUUGUAGAAUCCGCUUAUACACUGAUAUGUAAAAUACAUUCCAAGCGUGAAACAAAACUGGCGGAUGGAAGUCGGACCAAACAUUACUACAUAAACGAUGGAGUCUUUGUGUCCUUCGCCAAUGUUGUUGUUGAACAUUAUCAGGUUGUAGUGCGGCAUUUAUUGGAUGACGAUGAUGCAGCACCCACAUUCAAAACAACAAUAUGGGGUCCUACAUGUGAUGCCUACGAUAAGGUUGGUGAAAAUCUCCAACUGCCCGAUUUGAAGUGUGAAGAUUUUCUGAUUUUCCCCAAUAUGGGCGCUUACAGUAUACCACUGGCGACACGUUUUAAUGGUUUCGGUCCAUCAAAUAUUGUUUACUUCGACAAAGCAACAACUGAUAAUAAUUUAGAGGAUUAA